UGUUUUGACCACCGUGUACAAGGCUAAGCAGCGGCUCUCAACACAUAGACAAGAACUAUGGCUAGAAUCACGAUACCUGCUGGCCAUCCUAAUAUGAAAUGAUGUGUUUGUAACCAACAAGCGACGUCCGGCUUUGUUCUUCUGACCGGAAAAAGACAUAACACCCCGGCCGGUUCGGAUUCAUUUUCCGCUAAUCAUUUGGACGGGUUUUAGGAUGGAGCACGUCAAAACACCAAAGGUGGAAAAUGUGCGUAUGAUUGAUCGCCUGACCCCCAGGAAGUCUACGGUGGGAACAUUGUACCUCUCCUCUACUCACACUAUAUUUGUGGAGAACACAGAGGCACGCAAAGAGACCUGGGUUCUACACAGUUUAGUGAGUAAUGUUGAGAGACUCCCAACAAACCCGUCUGGUAGUCCUCUUAUUAUCCGCUGUCAGAACUUCCAAGUGUACCGAUUGCUGAUCCCACAGGAGAAGGACUGCUUGGAUGUGCAGGCAUCCCUUACUCGUCUUUCAUGCCCAGAAUGCUAUGGGGAGCUGUUUUGCUUUUUUUUUAACCCCAACUUGAAAAAAGACUUGAGGGAAAAGGCCUGGGGCUUCAUCGACCUGAAGGCAGAAUUCAGCCGAAUGGGAAUACCCAGAAACCUCUGGCAACUUACAGAAGCAAAUCAUGAAUACAGACUGUGUGACACUUACCCGUCAGAGCUGUUUGUGCCAAAGUCAGCCUCACCUGCUGUCUUUGUGGGCAGUGCCAAAUUUCGAAGUCGAGGACGUCUUCCUGUUCUCUCCUACUUCCACAGAGACACCAGUGCGUCUAUCUGUCGGAGCAGUCAGCCACUCUCUGGUUUCAGUGCACGUUCCUCAGAUGAUGAGCAGAUGCUGCAGGCCAUAAUGAAGUCGAACCCUGUCAGUGAGUUCAUGUAUGUGGUGGACACAAGGCCAAAGCUGAACGCAAUGGCAAAUCGUGCUGUAGGGAAGGGCUAUGAGAAUGAAGACCACUACACCAACAUAAAACUGCAGUUCAUCGGCAUAGAAAACAUCCAUGUCAUGAGGAACAGCCAACAGAAGCUUAUAGAUGUUGGCGAUCAAGCAUCUCCCUCCAUGAGUGAUUUCCUGUGGGGUCUAGAGAACUCUGGGUGGCUCAAACACAUCAAAGCGGUGCUAGAUGCUGGAAUCUUCAUUGCUAAGGCAGUGGCAGAGGAUGGAGUGAGUGUUCUGGUGCACUGUUCAGAUGGAUGGGACAGAACAGCUCAGGCGUGUUCAGUGGCUAGCGUGCUACUAGAUCCAUACUACAGAACUAUCAAAGGGAUGAUGGUUCUUAUAGAGAAGGACUGGGUGUCAUUUGGACACAAAUUUUCCCACAGGUAUGCUCACCUUGAUGGUGACCCUAAGGAGGUUUCUCCUGUCAUGGACCAGUUCCUGGAGUGUGUGUGGCAGCUAAUGCAACAGUUCCCCUGUGCAUUUGAGUUCAACGAGCGAUUCCUCAUACAGCUACACACACACAUGUACUCCUGCCAGUAUGGGAACUUUGUCGGGAAUUGCCAGAAAGAGAGGAGAGACUUGAAGUUACAUGAACGAACACACUCUUUGUGGCCUCACCUGUGGGAGAACCGGGCAGAAUACACAAACCCUCUGUACAGAACAAACCACAGCCAGACACAGGGUGUUCUCAAGCCUCUAACCACUGCAUACUGCUUCAAGUUUUGGAAGGGGAUGUAUGGCCGUGCAGAGAAAAGCAUGGGAUCAAACCAAUCUCCAGCAGAUUGCCUGAAUGCAGUGAGGGAGGAGUCACAACAGCUGGAGGAGGAGCUUAGCACCCACCAGGAGAGACUUGCCCAGCUGAAGGAGAAGAAAGCUCCAGGGGAGAGGAAGACGACCAAUAGUCUGUCUGAACGAGUCCGUCGUCCAGUUCCAAAUGAGUGCGAACUUGGCAGCCCUCUAGACUACUUCACCACCACCACCACCACCACCACCACCGAGAGACACCCUCCUUCAUUCACACUGCCACUAGAGCCAGCAGCCCCGCCCAAGAGCGGUGACCCUGAUGCCCUUUCAGCUUGCAGUGAUUUCGAGUCAGGUGUUGCUGACCUCAGCAGCCACUCCUCUAGUGCUGGGGAUGAUGCUAAGGACCCAGAUUCUGAUGAGGUGGUCAAUACAAAUGCUUGAACAAAAACAACUGUAACAAUGAGGGACAGAAGCACAGUAACGGGUAGCGAACUUCAAACUGCUGUUUUUUAAUGUUAUUAUAUAUAUAUAUAUUUUUUUGCUUUUUUAAUUUAUAUUUAAGUAUGUGCACAUAUACACAUAUCCAAAGUGGCCAAGCAACAAGCCUUUAUUUCCAUUAUGUUAAGAUCUUAUUUACUUAUUUCAUCAUCUGGUCCUUUAAGCCUUCAGUAUGAGUCAGUUUUUGUCUCUAUUAUACUCAUACCUGAAAUACCUAUAAUAACCGGAAGACCUACUACAUUUGCAGUUUACAACAGAGCACACCGUGAAAUACUGUAUCCCACAACACUAUGUACUCAACCUUUUCCAGUGUAACAAAUGAAGUAAUCUGCCACAAUUUUUAACCAUCACAUUAUUAACUCUUGGUAGUCAAAUUAACGGAGUUGAAACAUUUUAAAAAUUGUUUUUUAAAAACGACAAACACAAAUGGUUUUUUUCUUGCUGAAUUAACGUGAAGUUAUGUGGCAUGUAGUAUACUGCUGUUUUGAAAUGUUUUAUCAUUGCAUAAUGCAUAUCACAGACAUUUUUUUUAAAUAGUAGGCUGUAUACAUUGUAUACUGUGCUGUAUUCCAUUCUGUACAUACCCCAUGUCUUUUUUGAAAAAAGAAAAAGAAAAACAGUACCUACCAAAACCAUGUUCCAGGCUGUUUUCCUCACUUGUAUUCAGAGGAUGAAUUUAGGUUAGGAAUUGUUGAACAUGUCAAACAAGAACUGGAUGGCACCUAUACCACAUUUCCUGCCUAUUUCUGUGUACUAUUAGCAUAACUGAGACAGACAAUCAAUACUUGACAAAUCUCUGUGAUUAACAUUAAGUAGACUAUUGGAUUCGAAACCGAUUUGUCUGAAUAAACAUUUCAAGGGUGAAUGGCCUCAAAAUGUUUGCUACACUGCAAAUAAAACUAAA